GGUGUGAGCGCAGCCUGCUUGAACUCACAGUAGACGCUGAUGGUUUUAUACUCCUUCGUACUGCCGUUGUAGAUACGAAACGAAAGAAUGCCUGUCAACAUUGGUAUGUGGGAUGGUGAGCUGGCUCUUACUGAGGUAGAGGAGCAACCAGCGAAGCCUUUAACGGUACAUUACGGCUCCUUGGAGAUUGACGAGCUGGGUCGAGUGCUUACUCCCACGCAGGUGCAAAACCGACCAACCUCCAUCUCUUGGGAAGGAUGUGACUCUGGCAAAAUGUACAUUCUUGCCCUCACAGAUCCCGAUGCACCAAGCAGAAAGGAUCCAAAGUUCAGAGAGUGGCACCAUUUCCUUGUAGUGAACAUGAAAGGGAAUGACAUUAACAGUGGUAAAGUCUUGUCAGAUUAUGUUGGCUCAGGUCCCCCUAAAGGAACAGGCCUUCAUCGCUAUGUGUGGCUCGUCUAUGAGCAGCCUGCAGUGCUAUCCUGUGAUGAGCCUGUACUGUCUAACCGCUCUGGAGACCACAGAGGGAAGUUCAAGAUUGCCCAGUUCCGCAAGAAGUAUGGUCUGGCGCGUCCAGUAGCAGGCAACUGUUACCAAGCAGAGUGGGAUUCCUAUGUGCCAAAGCUGUAUGAACAACUGUCAGGAAAGUAAUGAAACCUACUGGGUGCAAUUAAAUUAGAAAGUACAUUAGAAGAAGUGAUGUAGAAAAAGUCAAAACAUGUUUCUUUGAUUAUUAAUUGUGUUUUGCCAGACUUUUCACCUAACACAAAUGGAAGCUUAUGUUUGUGCUCAGGUGAUGUCUACCACAGGUCAAAUAGGCCUUAUUAGAUAAAAUUAAUUAAAAUAAACUUCAUGUCACAAAA